GAGGGCCGCGAGGAUGACUUCUGCCUGUCCAAGCAGGAGGGCGGGCGGCGCACCCUUCGUCAAGACGGCGUCCCGUGCCAACCUGCAGCCUCUGGUGCCCUACUGCAAGCACUGCAGCACCGAGAACCUGACCACCGUCAGAGACGCCAUCCCAUCCCUCAGUGCGCAGCUGCAGCAGGCCAAGGCAGGCACGCUUGUCGAGUGGAGGGACAACGGCAGCAUAUCCCUGACCAACAGCCACCCCCAUUGCCAUGACCCCUUUCACCACGUCGCGUGUGCCUCUGACGAGGACGGUGGCCAUGCCGCCACUUCCCUGCGACACACAACUGGCACCGUCAAAAUGCCGCGACAACAACAACAGCAGCAGCAGCAGCAGGCACCCCCUAAGCCACCCAGCUUGGCUGUCCAUGCGUCCCCGUUCCCUGCCCAUCGUGACGGCAUGACCACCACAGUCCAUCAUCCGCCGGCAGCAUCCCCGCCGACACGAUGGAGGUGCUGUGGCGGCAUGGUGUGGUCCGUUUGAUGCGUAACGCGUCAAUGGAUCUGGUGGCUGCGGUACUGCGCGGAGCGGCCAUGUGUACCAAACAGCUCGGGCCGUGGGCCAAGUUGAUGUGCGCAACCUUCAGAGGGUACGUGAGGGAGCCUGGAGGCACCAGGCAAUGGCUCAUGUGUGUGUCUCCUGUGUGUGUGUCUUGGCAGGUGGGCCAUGUCAGUCGUCCGAGCCAAGCCACGAUGGGCGGGGGAAGGCCGUUCCGGCCGUAUCCCGUCCAUCACCCGUGGAUGGCGCAGGACAACACACAUGCCCUCCCUCUGGUUGCCGAGCAGCGCUCUACCUCCAUCUAUGACCACCCGAGCGCCUGUGAGAUCGCCCAGAGACUCGUCACACACGACGGCAGCCAGCUAGAUGCCGCCCUGGUCGAGCGGCUGCAGUUCAUCGGCCACACGCUGUUCCGCGAGGGCAUCAGCCGGCAGUGGCAGAGGUGGACGCCGGAGCAGAGGGCAUCGGUCAAGGCGGUGCUGCUGUUCUACCCCACUCACCUGCCGGCCGACCGUCUUCGAUCGCCCAUUGUGCGGCAACAGUGUGCAGCUGGGCAGCUGGACCUCCACCAGUACAUCCGAGCCAGACACACGCCAGACGCACCAUACACAGCUGAGGUACACCCAUGGAGAGACAGGCACACUCAGUGGUGGUCGAUCAUUAUGUGUUGUGUUUCGUGUGGUUGGGUGUGUGUCAGAUGAACGAGGUUGCGAUGCAGGUGGCGUACAUCCUGAGUGAGUUCCUGGAGACGUCAGGCGACGUGCUGCUGCAGAGGCUCCCCGUCGACACCAUCGCCGUGCUGUGGCGGCAUGGUGUGGUCCGCCUGAUGCGUAACGCGUCGAUGGACCUGGUGGCUGCGGUGCUGCGCGGAGCGGCCAUGUGUACCAGACAGCUCGGGCCGUGGGCCAAGUUGAUAUGUGCGACCUUCAGAGGGUACGUGAGGGAGCCUGGAGGCACCAGGCAAUGGCUCAUGUGUGUGUCUCCUGUGUGUGUGCCUUGGCAGGUGGGCCAUGUGA